GUGAUCUGCUCGCAGCUUGUCAACCGCACGAUCCAGUUACUGUAGCUGCCUGCUGCAAUGAAAAUAUCUCCGUUUGUGGGUGGAUUUAUGGGCCGAGGUCCAUCAUUUUUUACCAAACACUGACUGAGUGAGAGUGAGCCACUGAAGAAGGCAUGUGGCGGGUAUUAUGGCCAACAUCCAGCACACGCCCCUUGGGAGACAACAGCUGGCCACCUCAUGCAGUCCUGUAGCUGGGCCUCCUCCUCCUGAGCUCCAUGCCCCUCACACAUCACACCUUUUGACUUCAUGAAGAUCCCUGACAUCGGUGAUGUGAUGAAUAAAUUUGAGGUCCUUGGGAUUGUGGGUGAAGGUGCCUAUGGUGUUGUUCUGAAGUGCCGACACAAGGAUACAAAUGAAAUUGUGGCCAUUAAGAAAUUCAAGGACAGUGAAGAAAAUGAGGAGGUCAAAGAAACAACGCUACGGGAGCUUAAAAUGCUCCGAACCCUCAAACAGGAGAACAUCGUCGAGUUAAAGGAAGCCUUCCGCCGAAGAGGAAAGCUUUACCUGGUGUUUGAGUAUGUGGAGAAGAAUAUGCUCGAGCUGCUCGAGGAGUUACCCAACGGAGUGCCGACUGACAAAGCUCGUAGCUACAUCUUUCAGUUAAUCAAAGCCAUUCACUGGUGCCAUAAGCAUGACAUAGUUCACAGGGAUAUAAAGCCAGAAAACCUUCUCAUCAGCUCCGAUGACGUCCUCAAGUUAUGUGACUUUGGCUUUGCACGCAAUCUCUCUGAGGGGACCGAUGCCAAUUACACAGAGUAUGUGGCCACUAGAUGGUAUCGCUCUCCGGAGCUCCUGCUCGGGGCUCCUUACGGGAAGGCGGUGGACAUGUGGUCAGUCGGCUGCAUCUUGGGUGAACUGAGUGACGGUCAGCCUCUGUUUCCAGGAGAGAGUGAGAUCGAUCAGCUCUUUACCAUCCAGAAAGUGUUGGGACCCCUCCCACCUGAGCAGAUGAAGCUCUUCUACAACAACCCACGAUUCCACGGGCUGCGGUUCCCUGCUGUGAACCACCCCCAAACUCUGGAGCGUAGAUACCUGGGAAUCAUCGGCGGAGGCCUGCUGGACCUGCUGAAGAACCUGCUGCUACUAGACCCGACAGAGCGUUUUCUUACCGAGCAGAGCCUGAACCACCACGCCUUCCAGACCCUGCGGCUGGUGGACCGGCCUGGCCCUCCCACACCUACACCUGUCCGCUCGUCCAAGAGAAAACCUCACCAUGGAGACAACACCACCCCCAGCAGGAGCCAUGGAGGAAAGAGCUCAGGGAGCCACCGCUCCAGCAGCAGGGAGUGCUCCAGUUUGCCCCGGCAUGAUGACGUCAAUGACGGCUUCCUCAACGGCAACAUGCCCACGGCCAUCAACCUCAGUCCCACGCUGCACCCGAAGAACUACCAGCAGCAGAUCUACAACCACUCCACCUCCUGCAGCAUGGACCUGGCCAGCAGCAACCUGCCUCAUCUGCUCAGCCCGGGGGAAGCCAAGGGCAAGGGCGACUUUGAGAUGAAGGUGUCUGACGGCCCCGGAGCAAAGUACCUCAAAUCAAACUUUCGCUCACAGCAGAACCGCCAUUCCUUUGUGGAGGGAAAGACCAACACACUUCAAUCAGGGGACAAACACAGUCGGCACAGCUACAUGGAGUCUCACACCUCCAACCCGUCUAAGUUUAGCUACCUGAACUUGUCCAAAAGCUACGGCACACUAAGCGAUGCCAAAUCAGUGGGGAACUUAAAUGACGUGCAUCUUUACGCGGAUGAGCCGACGUCUCGCUAUUUUCCCUCCAGCUGCCUUGAUCUAACAGCUCCGGGCAGCCCAGCAGCACCUCGCAGGAUGGACAGACUGGGACCUGGAGGGAUUAGCAGAGGAAGCAUGCGUUCAGACAGAGAGAGUAACACUCUGGACUCAUCCUACAGGCGCUCCUCCACUCGCCACAAGUCCUCAGAGGAGGCCAAGUCACCUGACACUCUAGAGCCAGGGGAGGGUGGCAUCGAAAGGAGCCACUCUCAUUCUCUGUCUGCCCCACACGACCCUCUAUCUUAUGGCCAGGGCUACCAGAGCCCCUUCUCCUCCCAGCAGCGGCCACACCGCCACUCCAUGUACGUACGGAGGGACCACCAGAGAACACACGGGGGAGACGAGGGGCUGAUGGUGGGGCAGGGCGGGCCCACCAGAGCCAGCAGCCUUCAGCUCCUUUCUCCUCAAUUGCAGCACCGCACGCUGCCUCGCCACUCUGGGGGCUCGUCCAGAGAAGAAGACAUGAGUAGGAGUGACCAGGCACCCACUGAGGUCACCCACAGCAGACCCCCAAUAAGGGACUCAACAAGGGACAACACCGCAUCUUUUCACUCACAGCGGAAAAAAAGCGAGGUCGGCUUAUAUCAUGACCAGCAAGCAGAAGACGGGGGCUCGUCCAAAGAGAAUCGCAACAUCUACAGUGAAUCCAUGCCUCGGAGGGUGGGCAGCUUCUACAGAGUUCCUUCUCCCCGGCCGGACAACUCCUUUCAUGACAGCAGAGGUCAGAGCCGGGGCUCCAGCGAUGGCUCGGGUUUGUCCAACCACUCCAAACGGCAGCCAGCGUUCGACCCCUGGACUGGCCCAGACACUGUGGUGUUGAACUCCUCUGAGCCGUCCAAAGAAAAGGAGAAGCAGGGUUUCUUCAGAGCAAUAAAGAAGAAAAAGAAAAAAUCUCAGAUGAUUCACGCUCCUGACGGACGGCCUCCUGUCAUCAAGAAAUGUCUUUUCCCUCUGUUUAGCCCAAAGAAUAACAUAAAGCAUAGUUCCUCUGUGAGAGUCCUCCCUGUAGUGUCUUCUCCCAUGGUUUCUAACGAAGGUGUGGACGCAGUGAUCCAGAAAUCGUCCAGGUCAUCGGGUCAUCAGAGCAGCCGCCACAGAUCCCGAGACAAGAGCAGAGACCGGGACAAAAGCAGAGACCGGGACCAAGACCGGGACAAGGACUGGCCUCCUGAGAAGCUCUCUGAUUCACACUCUCCGAGUCAGCCACUGAAGUCUCUGCGUAAACUCCUGCACCUUUCAUCCUCGUCCUCCAAUCAGACGGCUCCGUCUGAUAUGCGCUACCAGCCGCUGCCAAACCCAGAGAGCCGUGGUCACUCAGGGGUCAGCACACCCCAGCUGAAGAGCCGACAGACCGCCUACCCGCUGCCUGGACAGCUGGAGUCCAACUGGCACUCGACAGCCCUGGGCCGGCCCGAGGGAAACCCCUACCCCGAGCAAAUGAGCAUCAAGGGAGGGCAGAAUGGGCACGGCUUCGGACGGCCCUCCAGGUCCCGUUUACCCAACCUGAACGACCUGAAAGAGACGGCUCUGUGAUCUCUUUCAGAUCCUCUACAGACUCCUUUUUCCCCUCUGUUGCUCCUCCUUGUGUAACAGUACACCUGCUUAACACACAAAUACACAAAAUACACACAUAAAACACACAUAAUACAGACUAAACCCUCAGUUUUAACUCUGCUUGCAAACAGGCCAAAAGCCUUUUAUGUCUUAAUUUUUUUUAAAGCUUCCAUGUUUGAUAGACUUUAUAUUAAUACUUCUGUAAUUCUGAUUAUAAUUUGUAUUAUAAAGUAAAUAUAUUGCAAAUUAAAUCUAUAUAAAUGGAUAGAUAAAGUGUAGAUUUUAAGUGUAAGUAUUUUUGUUUCUAUUCAAUAUAGAAAUCUAGUACAUUUUACUGCGUAGUAUUUCCUUAAGACUAUCUAAGGCAUUCUAAAUAAACUUUUAUCAGUUGUUACAGUAGAGGUCGCUAACUUUACAUUGUGUUCAUCUCACACGGGACUCAAACUCUUCAUUUGAACUCCAUCAGAACGCUCAUGGACGCUCAAAUGUGCAAAAACAAGUCAAAGCAGUUUUGUUCUUGGGGUUAAAGUUGUAGUGCAGUUUAUUCUGAGUCGGCACUGAUGAUCUAUGAAGCUUGAAUCUAUUUGUUAUUUAAAGAGUAUUUAGGUUCUUAUGUCUUUCUGUAACGCAGCCAUUUUAGACUCUAUGGUGCCAUAAACGGACAGAAAUCCUAACCUGCAUCGCCCCCUGUAGGCAAAAACAAAGCACUGCAUCUACUGACUGAGAUCACCAUGCACUAACCGACAUUUAGGCACUGACUUUUCAUGCACAAUAGGUGAAAAUCAUAUAUAAAUAUAAACAAAUAUAAUGCAACUUAAGCUACAAUAGCAGCUCAGUCAUUUCAAGAAGAACAAACUUAACAACUAUUCCUCUUCAUGAAGACUAGAAUGAUUAUCCUCAUAGUAAAAAUAUAAUCUACAGAAAUGUUAACUUAUAUAAAAGUAUUAUGAAGCACCUUUAAGGAUCAGCUAUACUGUAUAAACUUCAAGAGUUCAUGUAAUGGCAAAGGACAACCAUAUUAUAACAUUUCUCUCUAAGUCAUUUUGUUUGUUGCUCAUUUCUUUAUUAAGAGUUUAACUUAAGCAACUCCCAGCUGGUUCUUCUUCUGCAAUCAGUUAAAUGAAUGUACAAAAGCAUCCAUAAUAUUCAACUCAAUCUAGCUGCUGUGGAAAUUCGACUUAUAUACCAUGUAUUUUUUUUCUUAUUGUUGUAAUGAAGACAUUUUUACAGCAGCUAGAGGAACAUAAAAGCCAUUCUGGGUGUUAAAGUGCAGUGAUUCCCAACACAAACGCCCUCUUAAACAACAGAAGUAUCACCAUUUCAGCCUAUAAAUUUCCAAAUAUGUACAUUUAAAAUUACAAUAACUUGGAGGUUGUUUUAUACGUAACAAAGCUGUGGAUUAUUUCGCUUAUUAAAAGAACACAGUUGAUGUUUAUCUCUAGCUUACACUGUAAGAGGCUCUGCUAAAGAAUAGCAGAAUCUUGGCAUCUUACUACCUGUGAGCAGCAUCGAGGGAAUUUAUAUCUACUUGUCUUUAACUUACCUUUAGGCCUCUUUCUAACCAUAAGAACAGUGCUGUUAUACUGGUCAUUUUCUCUUUUUUAGAAUUAUUUUUUUGAGUUUUCUAUGACUUCAUUUAUAGAGAAGGACAGAGAAUGGAGUUUGAAACAGGAAUGAGAGAGUGGGGACUAACAUGCCAACCUGGGACAGCAACAUACAUGGGGCGCGACCUAACCCCUAGCCCAUCUGCGCCCUCAUGCAUACUAUUUCUACUUUUUGCUUGCAGUCUAGUUCAGCAGGUUCUCCAGAAAUCUUUGCCAAAUUUUGCAUCUUUUUGUCUAAUAUUUCAAUAAACUUAUCUCAGCCUGUAACCACAAAGGAAUUAUUUGAACUUAAUAAUUCAAUACACUACUGUAGAUAUUUCUGCCAGGUUUAAAACCAGAGAAAUCCUUAAUUCUUGCAGUCAUUACAGGAUGUGUCCUGUCUGACAUGACAGACACAGAAUAUUUAUUAUUGCCGUGGAAAUAGCAUGUACAGUGCCUGUAAAAAAUAUUCUCCACCUUGGUUGUUCUACUCUUUUGUUGUUUUAUAAAUCAAUCCUGGUCAAUAUAAUUUGGCUCCUUUGACACAAAAGAAAAAUAAAAAAAAAAACUCCUUAAUGUUAAAUGAAAACAGAUUUCUGCAAAGUAAUGUUACUUAAAUAAAAUAUGUCAUGUAAAAUAACCCCCUGCAUAAGUAUUCACCCACGUCAAGUCAGUAUUUAGUAGAGUCACCUUUAGCUGCAAUCACAGCACUGACUCUGUGUGGAUCGCUCUCAAUCAGGCUUGCACAUCUGGACUCUGCAAUCUUACAACAAUCUUCUUUGCAUAACUGCUCAAGCUCAGGUCAGGUUGCAUGGGGACUGGGUGGGAACAGCCCUUUUCAAGUCCAGCCACAAAGUCUCUAUUGGUUCAGUUCUCUUGCAGACUGAAUAAGAUUGUCUACAGGUUUCCCCUAUAGUUUUCCACAUUCAUUUUACCCUCUACUUUCACAAGCCUUUCAAGGCCGGCUGCCAAGAAGCAUCCCCACAGCAUCAUACUGCCACUGCCGUGGUCUAGAGUGGGGAUGGUGUGUUUGUGGUGAUGUGCAGUGUGUGGUGUCUGCCAAAUGUAGCAUCUUGUCUGAUGGUCGAAAAGCAGUGUUUUGGUCUCAUCCGACCAAAGAACUUUCUUCCACUUGACCAUGGCGUCUCCAGCAUGCCUUUUGGGGAACUCUAGUCCAGACUUAAUCUGAGUUUUCUUCAACAGUGUCUUUCUCUUUGCCACUCUCUCAUUAACCUUUGACUGGUGAAGAACCUGGGCAACUGUUGAAUGCAGUCUCUCCCAUCUCAGCUGCUGAAGCUUGUAACUCCUUCAGAUUAGUCAUAGGUGUCCUAGUGGACUCUCUAACUAGUCUCUUUCUUGCACAGUCACUCAGUUUGAGGACAGCCUGAUGUAGGCAGAUUUAAAUACGUGCCAUAUUCUUAUUUCUAGAACCAAUUGGCUUGACCGUUGAAUUAUGCUGUCACUUAUUUUAACGUGACUUUUUUGGCAUUACUUUUUAGAAAUCUUUCAGGCAUGAUUGAUUUAUAAAAUCAAUUCAAGGAUGAAACAUCAAAGGAGGUGAGGUGAGUGCUUUUUAAAGGCACCGUGUUAUGUCGUAGGACGGCUACAUAAGCAAUGGUGGAUUAGAGAGGUCAUAAAUACGUCUAAAAAUGUCUAAAACUCUUUGCACAAGGGCCUGAUGGGAAAAGCCUGCUCCCCGGGUCUGAUGUGGCAGUGGGUGAAGCUUAGAUCAGUUGACUGUAACUCCAACACUGAACACCAUUUCACGCUGAAUGGAGUUAAAUUCAUCCUUUAGGAGUUAAAAUAAAAUCUAAAAUGUUUAACUCUGAGGAUUGAGCACUCCAGCUUUUGCUUUUUAUGAUAACUUCUUGGGACUUGCACUUUCUAUUUUCAGAAGCACAACAAUAAAGUAGAUCACCGACUUUUAAAUAUUCUCAAUUACAAACACUUAAACGUCUUCAGGUAUUAGGAUACACAGCUGAACUUACUAAAGGCUAGAUAUUUCAGGAUUCCAGCUGGGGAAAGAAAGUUCAACCCCUCUGAAUGCUUUCAUUAUAGCCCUGAUAAUAGCAGAAAUCUCUCCUGGGCUUCAGAUACUCGUCGUUUGGAAUCACUGCACUUGUGUAUUGUAACUGAUUGCACAUUGAACCACCUAGGACUUUGCUUCUGAGGAAUCUGAACAUUGAACCACAGCGGGGAUGAAGUUUUGUGCUGUAAUAUUGUUUUCUGUUUGGAUUAAAGUGCCAUGAAAGCAGCUUAGAAGAAAUAAUCCUAAGCCUUUUUAAUGCUGCACUUUGAAGAGAUGGUGUGGCUCAGCAAUAUUGCUCUGACUCUGUAAAUUCUUCCUCACCUCAUGCUCAUCAUGUUUACGGUGUGUGAGGACUGAGACGAACACGCACCGCGCCCAUCAUUACGGUAUCGUAUUGUGUAUCGUGCAUCUGUAAGGACUGUGCACACUCUGUACCCGACACAAUACAUCUCUCUCUUUGGGUUUUCGUUCUGCUGAAGGAGCACCGUGUAUUAUAUUAAUACUGAUGUGUGACUACUUGUUUGGUAAUAUUUAUAACAGAAGAUGUUUAUCAACUGUUUAAAUGAAAUCAAGUAUUAAGUUUGUGCUUUUAUUACACAAAUUAGUAGCAUAGUCAGUGUUUAUCUGCUUUUUUCCAACAGAGCAUUUACAUGAGAACAUAAAGACACACAAACGAAUGCUUAACAGUUUUAGAAAUAUUCAUGUUUACAUAUGUAACAGUAAAUCUCCAAUAAAACAACAUUGAUUUGA